GAAAUUACAAGGUUACUAUCAUACGCUCAUUAGUUUUCCCGCAUUGAAAAGGGAUCGUAUAAAUACGCCAUCCACAUCACGGAUUGUCAUUAUUCUCACUUUUGCAGUUCCAGCAACUAGUACAACACAAUCAACAUGCGUCUCUCCAGUUCUUUCACGCUUACGGUCGGAACAGUUUUGUUCUUGACUCUUUUCGGAGGAAUCCAAUCGUUCGUGAUCGGUCGCAAUUUGACCAUUUUGGUCGACCAUGGCGAUUCUCACGAGACAACAACUGACGACUACGUAGACAGCGUGGAACACGUCCAUAACGAUUCGCUGGAAAUCAAGGGCAAUUUCCAGCUUGUUGUCGGCGUUAAUCAAACAAGUGGAGCCCAAAUAUUGAAUGGCGAUGGUCGUAACGAUGUCUCCUUGGAAGUUCACUCUGUCGGCGUGAACGGCACAACAUUUGUAGUCGAUUAUGAUGAUUUGAACGACACGCACUCGUCGGAGGACGUCAUUUUCGUUCAACACGAACAGACUAAUCAAACAGCAGAACAAGUUUUCAAAGAAUUUCAGAUGCAGAGCGAUCUGUUGCAUGUACGAGAUGAGUUGGUUCAGAAACGCAACGCACCCCAAGUGCAUGCAAAUCCCGUUCAAGCAGCAACUGAAGGGCAAUUCAUCAUCCAGCAUUUUGAUAUUCAAGAUGAUUCUUUGGAAGAUCAACUUGCCCGACAGAUUUUCCAAACGGACGCAAGUCUUGACCAAACGCCAACUCCCUCCGUCGUUCUUCCUUCGCCAGUAUCGAUCUUUGACAAUGUGCCGAUCAUCGGAGUUUUCGGCCAUCCAGCGUCCGACGAUUUAUAUCUCGUUAAGGAAUAUUUAGGUGAUUAUUACUUUUGGGAAAUAGAACAUGAAUUGGUUCGAGAUUCCUUGUUGCAACCGGUCAAAGACGUGAUCAAGUUGGAGUCUCACUCACCCAUAAAAGUAAACGCAGCCCAGUUUGCUAAGUUUACGCAGGUGCGAUCGUUGUGGGACGAUCGGCAACAGACUACCACUGCUGCAGUUUGAAUGAUGUUAUCUUUCAUAGAGUGACGAGCUUUGUUAAACAUCAUGUUAUUAUUUUAACUGGUUGUACAUAAGUUUUUCAAGAAUACAAUUUCCUGUUUUUAUCGUUA